AUGGAGGAUGUGCUGGGAGGGGAGGAAAUGGCGAAACUGACGGCGCAUCCGGCCUUACAUGCCAUCGUGAAGGCCUACAGUCUCGAUGAACAGGCCAACGGCGGUGCCGCCGAGGACGGCGAGGACGCCAGUAAGGAGGGGGGCGCAGACGCGUACUACCAAGACGACGAUGCCGCGCUACUCGACGAAGAUGCUGAGGAGGCGGCAGAGGCAGAUCGGGAGGCGCAACAGCGCGACAUCCUACUCUACAAACGCCUGCUAGCCCACCAGCUGCACUGUGGCAGCAUUGCCCAGCACAUUCAGCAGCACGGGUUGCUG